AUUGGUGGGCUGGCUCAGCAUCAGACCCGAAAGUGUUGAGUAAUUUCCACCAGCCCAUACCAACUGGGACCAUAAAAAGCAUUAUCGAAGGACAUUCCAUGCCCCCAAUCCAUAACUCCGUGUCAGGUCUGUACAGGGGAGCCCCUGGAGCCCGUGGAUUUCCCAGUGCGACGGCAGAACAGUGUCUCGUCCCCGCCCCUUGUGAAAGCUGCCCGAUAAAGGUACCGGCCCGGCGGCCGGCGGGGCUAGUGCAGCGUGCGCGGGCGGGACGGUCAGCCAGCCGGUCUCCUGAGGCGGGGUUCACACCAGCGCGGCGGGGCUGCUGAGGCGCUGAGGCGGGUUCACACCUCCACCCGCAGCGGAGGUGACGCGGACGCCUCGCGGCGCGACCAAUCCACUCGGACUGCAGACAGACGAGAGGACACCGGUCCGACGCCAUGCGUUCCUCGCGGUGGCUGGUAGCCGCGCUGGCGGUGUUGGUGCUGGCAGACGCCGUGCUGUCUGAGCCGACACUGGGAAAGGGUCGCCGCCGCCGCCCCCACCGGCGCCCCCUGCGGCCUCUCAGGCCAGUGCACCACGUGCGCCGGCCGGUCCACCGCCCGCGGCCCAGCACCGGCCACAUCGUCAUCUUCUCCUCGGCCGUGGAAAACCACAAGGCGCCCCAGCACGAGACCUACAAGGCGCCCGAGCACGAGACCUACAAGGCACCCGAACCGAGCUACAAGGCGCCAGAACCGAGCUAUAAGGAGCCCGAGCACGACACCUACAAGGCGCCCGAGCCGAGCUAUAAAGAGCCUGAGCCGAGCUAUAAGGAGCCCGAACCAAGCUACAAGCCACCGAAAUCGAGCUAUAAAGAGCCUGAGUCAAGCUAUAAUGCGCCGGAAUCAAGUUACAAGGAACCAGAAACGAGCUACAAAAGUCCUGAAUCAGAAUAUGGACCGCCGAAAGUGAGCUACAGCUAUAUAGAACCAGAGCCCGGCUACAAAGAGCCCGAACCGAGCUACAAGGAGCCAGAAGUUACAUAUAAAGAGCCUGAAAGCACUUACAAAGAGCCAGCCACUGAAUACAGCCCGCCAAGCACUGACUAUAAGGAGCCAGACGCGAGCUAUGAAAAGCCCACAUCUGAGUAUGGGCCUCCCAAAACCAGCACCAGCUAUAUCGGGCCGGAGACGACCUAUGGAGAGCCGGAAACGAGCUAUGGAGAGCCGGAGCUGGGCUACAAGGAACCCGAGAUAGGUUACAAGGAGCCAGAGACCAGCUACGAGGAGCCAGAGACCAGCUAUGAGGAGCCAGAGACCAGCUAUGAGGAGCACAAACCUGUGCAAGACUACAACACACUCAGCGAAUCUGAUUUCUCUGAUUUCGGCGACUUCUCGGCGCCGAGGUUUCCACCUUUCCCCGAAUUCGAGUCCUUCAAAAUCGACGCACCCGAACACUCGAAAACAGCGGGAGGGCCGUCCCCGUACAGUCCACCGCCCACUUACGCGACUCCCACGAGUGCUCCCGGGUACCAGCCCCCAGUGCCGUCCUACCAGCCCCCAGCGCCGUCCUACCAGCCUCCUAGCAACGACUACCAGCCUCCGAAGAACGACUACCAGCCUCCGAAAAACGACUACCAGCCUCCGAAAAACGACUACCAGCCUCCGAAGAACGACUACCAGCCUCCGAAAAACGACUACCAGCCUCCCAAGGACGAUUACCAGCCGCCAAAGGAGGAUUACCAGCCCCCGACUCCGACCGAGCCGUACCAGGCCCCCGUGUACGUGCCCUCUCCUGGCCAGCAGAGCAGUUACCGACCGCCGCAGAUCCCCCGGCCCUCUGCGUACGGUGGCGCCACCACAGACACUGGCGGCGGCGGCGCGAACUACGACGGUGAGCUGCACAAGACGACCCUCUUUUACGGCGACGUACAGGCGUGGGAGAGCGGGGCGCUGCCCGAGAACAGCUACUCGGCGUAGAGAGGGGCCGCUGUGCUGGGAGGGAGGCUAGCCGCUGACGCCCGCUGGCGGUCUGUGUGACUUCUCGAUCGGCCGCUGGGCGAGAGGCAGCCGGCAACAGCGCUAUUGUUAUUUAUUGAGAUUGUUACGGGUGUCCGAAGUAAGCCAUGGCGACAAAUGAUGACAUGCUGACAUUGUUUUCUUGCCGUGUAAGCGGGUGUGGAUGUGAGUGAUAGCUCUCAUGAUUCGCGGUUUUUAGUUUCAUACGAUUAGAUUGUCUAAAUGCUCGACCAUAAAGAAUAAAGAUGGGAAAUGCAAAUGCUCGAAUAAAGUGGCAGUACGACAGCUCA